UUAGUUUAAUUACUUGAGAAUUUUUUUCGGUUAGAAUCAGUUUAUUUUUUGAUAAAUCAGUAAGUAAUUUAUGGUUUGAUUGCCCUAAUUGAGUGAUGCAUCUUGCAAAAAAUCGUCUAGUUUAUCAUUAUAGCACAUUUAAUACUUUCAUGUUAUGUUAUAUAGUAGGUAUAUGCAGACAGUCAUGCAUCAAAUAAAAUAUAUAAAUAUAUAUAAGUUUGGAAGAACUUAAAGUUGAAACGUGUACAGUACACGGGCUGUUCCUAGUGGUCUGUGGUAAGACCUGGAAUGUUAAAAGAGAAUUUAAACUUUAAAUGAAAGUUAAAAUAGGUUAUAAAAAUCGCGAUUUAAAUUUCUAAUUUAUAAACGUUUGUUAAUUAAAUUUUAGUCCUGUCUGCUUCAUUUUUGCAGAGGUAGAAGUUUAAGUUUAUAAUUUCGUUGAAAUUUAAUCACCGUCAUCGUCAUGGAAGUCGGAAAAUUAGUGUCAAAUAGUGUCUUGUUAGUUGCGGUUGUCGUUGUCAUCAUUAACAUAUUUUUUUCUGGAGGUUUGGUGCGUGCCGAUUUCUUCUCGGCCAUUUCAGAACUUGAAAAUGUCCUGCAGAUGGAAAAUGAAGUCGCCCAUGAUUUGAGGAGUUAUGUGAAGAGUGAGGAGGCCAGGCUGCAGAACCUCAAAAAAAUUGCAGAUGAUUUUGAGAAGCAUAGUUUAGAAGCAUUGGUUGACCCUGAGAAACACUUGAGCAACCCCAUCAAUGCCUACCUGCUGGUUAAAAGGUUCACAAAGGAAUGGAAUGAGCUCCUGGAACAGCAGAUCAAGUCUACCUCUCUAUCUGAAUUCUUGAAGAGUCUGUCCACAAAAACAAGUCGUUUCCCAACGGAGGAUGAUUUACAAGGGGCUGCUUAUGCCCUUAUGAGGCUGCAGGACACCUAUGCCCUUCCUUCUAGCAAGUUGGUCAAGGGUGACCUCCAAGGCAUCCAGGAUUCUGUUCACAUGACUGCCCAGGAUUGCUUCAUGCUUGGUUCAAUUGCAUACAAGGGGAAUGAUUUCUACCAUACGAUCAUCUGGAUGUCUGAAGCAUUGAGGAUGUCCAAGGAUGACCCCUCCAUUGAUAACUCUACUUUGUUGGACUAUUUGGCUUACUCUUAUUAUAUGCAAGGUAACACAAAAAAGGCUUUGAACUUGACCAAAGAAUGGCUUCUGAUUGACCCAAACCACAUACGUGCCCAAAAUAACCUAAGAUUCUAUGAGCAGUUGAUUUUAGAGCAAGAAAGUCGAGCUCGUUCAAGAGGCGAACAGCAAACACACUAUGACGAGAAUAGUAAUCCCAGACCGAUGGAUGCUUACAAGUUGUCAUCCGACUUUCAAAAUUACGAAAAAUUAUGCAGAGGUGAAAAGACUCAGGCCUUAUACAACGAGCAUCUGUUAACAUGUCAAUAUAGAAGGCACCAUCCAUUCCUAUACAUCAAUCCAAUCAAAGAGGAACAAGUUAACUGGGAGCCAAGGAUGUUCCUCUUCCAUGACGUCAUGACGGACGGACAAAUCGCCCGGAUCAAGAAGAUUGGAAAACCUAAACUCGGAAGAUCUGUGGUGUACCAUAAGAGUAACAGCCAGGUGACUACACCACAAGAUUAUAGAAUCAGUAAGAGUGGAUGGUUGAAAGAUGAAGAUGACAGAGCUGUAUACAAGUUCAGCUAUAUGGCAGGUCUCCUAUCAAAUCUCACACUUGACACUGUCGAAGAUUUGCAGGUGUUGAACUAUGGCAUUGGCGGGCAUUACGAGCCUCAUUAUGACUUUGCUACUAGCAGAGAGUUAGAUACAUUUGAGAAGGCCAUUGGGAACAGGAUUGCUACGUUCAUUUGCUACUUGUCAGACGUGCAGGCAGGUGGUGCCACUGUCUUCCCUGGUAUCGGGGUCAGUUUCUGGCCUAGAAAAGCUAAGUGCGCCUUCUGGUACAAUUUGAUGAGAAGCGGAGAGGGUGAUAUGAGGACCAGACAUGCUGCUUGCCCCGUACUAUCUGGUAUCAAAUGGGCAUGCAACAAGUGGUUUCACGAGAGAGGUCAGGAGUUCAUCAGACCGUGCACUUUAUCGCCAUUGGAGUGAAAAGAAAGAAAAUGAUUCAAAUCAAAAUUAUCACUCAUUAUUAUUUAUUAUUGUUACAAUUUAUUAUUUUUUUUAUUAAAUUUUAUUUUAUUUUUUUCAAAUACUUUGAAAUCAUUUUAAUCAUUUUUUUAUUUUGUUUUUGUUUUUUUGUUGUAGCUAAUGGAUGAAUGAUCUUCGUCUUGUUGUCGGUAUUGUUUGAAUUCUCAUUUUUACAUGAGAUUAGUUUGUCAUAAUUAUUAUUUAGUGUAUUAUUCGUGUUUUCUUUCUAUUUAACCUUUGAAGAUCAUGAUCUAAACAGAGUUAGAAAAGAGAGAGUGAGAGAUAUUAACAAUAUUUUAUUUUUACUUCAUUUGUAUAGCGCUUCAAAAUACUCAUUUAUUCUACCAAUUAAUUGUAGAAUAUACAUAUACAUAUAAACGUUUUUUAUGCGUUCAAUAUUAAAUUUUUUUUGUUAUAUAUAUAUAUAUAUAUAUAUAUUGCCUAAAAGUAUUUACAUAUAUAUAUAUAUAUAUAUAACUUUUUCCAAAAAUGAUAUUGCAAUUUUUUAUAAUGUGCUUUUGAUAAAUAAGUAGACAAAUUGAUUGAUUAAUUAAUUAAUUAAUUAAUAAACGUGAUAGUGAGCUAUUAUCUUUAUUAGUUUUGUCAUUUCGCCGUUAUCCUGAAUAAUAUCAUCAUUAUUAACGUUACUUUAUCAUUUUCUUGAAAUUUGUUUUUUAUUACUUUAGUUGAAAUUUAUUAUGAACGACAUAUCUUAAUGACAUUAAGUUGUUUUUUCCUGACUAAUUACAUUAACACCAUAAUCUCAUUAACUCCCCGUAUGACAAAUUAUAAUUAUUAUGUUAUUUUUUAUUAUGUCUAUUUCUAUAAUUAUUAUUAUUGGUGUUUGAUUAGAAAAACAAUUUUUAUUCGUU